AUGCUACAUGUAAUAUACAGUGAGUCUAAGAAACUUAUUCAGCCUGUGUUGGAACAUGAGAAGAAGAUUAAGUAUUACGUACAUAACGAACAAGUUUUUGACAUUAUUCAUAUGGCACAUCUGGAAACUGGACAUGGUGGAAAACAUAAGUUGGAAAACAAUAUUAAAACAAAGUACGUAAAUAUAACAAGAGAAGUGAUUCAUAUCUAUCUUGAGCUUUGUCUCAUCUGUAAAAAAAAGAAAACCCAUCUCAAAAAAGGUGUUGUAGUAAAGCCUUUGAUAUUUAAAGAAAUUAAUCACCGAGCACAAGUAGACCUAAUCGACAUGCAAACGAGCAAGGACGGAGAAUAUAAAUUUAUUUUAAAUUAUCAAGAACACUUAACUAAAUUUGUGUGUCUUCGCCCGCUAAAGACCAAGACUGCUGUAGAGGUCGCUUAUAAUCUUGUAGACAUAUUUUGCAUUAUUGGUUGUCCAUCCGUCUUACAAUCAGACAAUGGAAGAGAGUUUUGUAAUAGCGUUAUCGAAGAAUUAAAAAGUAUGUGGCCUGAUCUUAAAAUAGUGCACGGUAAACCGAGACAUUCUGAGAGUCAGGGUAGUGUUGAACGUGCAAACCGAGAUGUACAAGACAUACUUAUUGCCUGGAUGGAGGAAAACAAUUUGACUAAAUGGUCUCAAGGAUUACGUUUCUGUCAAUGGAAAAAGAAUACCAGUUGGCAUUCUGCAAUCAAACAAACACUAUAUGAGGCAAUGUUUGGUAGAAAGGCUCACGUUGGUCUUCGAUCAUCUCAUUUACCAUUGUCCGUAAUAAAUGAUAUAGUAACAGAAGAAGAAUUAGAACGCAUAAUUGAUUCAACUGAAAUACAUGACAACGGAUCAUCUGAGACUACCAAUAAUACACCUAUUAUUGAAGAAGUUCGCGAAAACAUUGAUUUUUUUGAAAAUGUAAAUUCUGCGUCGGUUGUUCUAAUAUGUUCUAUUUGUGAGAAAGGAGAUGGCGACAUAUAUCACUGCACAGAAUGCAAGGUGCCUGUUCAUAAUUUUUGCUGUGAGUUACCAACAGAGAACUCUAACGUUUUAUGUCAUAAUUGCACAGUCAAACGCGAUCUCAUUUCUAACAAAAACAAAGCGAUAGACGGUAUUCAGGAACAAGCUAAAAGAAUGUUGCGCAUGAGCGAGAAAAAAUUUCCAUCUGCUGAAGUUGGUACAUCUGUAACCAUUCCACUACCAAGUGUUGAUCGUAAUAAAGGUGAUCCGAAAAAUAUUAUAGGAGUCAUAUUAGAAGUGACAGAAGAUGGAUUGUACAAAAUCGGCACCAAGAGUGGCAUUUUAUCUUCUCUUUAUUCUCGAAAUCAGUUCGGUAUUUGUAACGAAAUGUUUCUAUCUUCAACAGAUGUACCACAGUGUGAAAUGUCACUACGUAGUAUCAAUGCUGAUCAAUCAGCGUUUGGAUCUCAGGGCUAUAUUAAAUCUAGCUGCAAAAUUAAAUGCACAACAAACCGUUGUAUUAAUUCCGUUCAUCUAGCGCAGCUUAGCCCACAGAGAUUUGACAAUGUCGACAUUGCCCACUUGAAACCGGGCAAAGUCAGCAAUGAAAUAACAGUUGCUGACAUUGCCACCGCUGGAUGGGCAGUGUUGACUUUGCCCACAUCAAAUCGGGCAAUGUCCGCUAAUAAAGCAUUUUAA